AUGGCCCCAUUCGCAAUAUGGCUCGGCUGGAAGCUCCUGAGACACGGCCAGAAGUUCGCGCUGUACUCAUUAGGCUACGUCGACACUCGAAAGAUCUAUGACCGGCCAAAGGACUAUGGCCUCGAGUACGAUUAUCUCGAGUUGACAACGGCCGAUGGUGUGCGAUUGGAAUGCUUCUUCGCCAGAUACGCCGCGCAAAACGCCUCCCGCAUCGAAACCCACGAAAGAAUCCAUAGAACCAACCUCGGAAUACCUGUGCCAAACUUCGACGUGGAGCCUGUUGUCGCCAAUGUGAUUGUCUUUCACGGGAGCACAACGAGCAUCGACACCCAGCCCUACAUCGACAUGGCGCGCAAACUCAUUCGGAGGAAAUGCAAUGUUCUAUUGGUCUCUUACCGCGGAUUUGGAGACUCUGCUGGAAAGCCAUCGGAAACCGGUCUCCAGUUGGAUGCACAGGCUGCUUUGGACUACAUCACCAACGAUCCGUCUCUUGCGGCACUUCCGACGUUCUUGUAUGGGUUCUGCUUGGGCGGCGCGGUAGCGAUUGAUUUGGCGGCACGCAACCCGACCGCCAUAUCGGGAGUCGUCGUCCAGAACACGUUCCUUUCCGUCCCCCGCCUCGUCCGCGACUGGCGCUAUAUCGGAUGGCUUGCCAAGCCCCUCGUGACGCAGCGCUGGGACUCCGCGACGAGAGUGCCGUCCAUACCAGCCGCGGUGCCGAUGCUCUUUCUCAGCGGGGCCAACGACGGGCUGGUCUCCAAGAAGCACAUGGAGGGCUUGUGGGCGAUCCGCAAGGGGGCGACGCCGUCUGAGUUGGACAGUUUUGAGUCGUUUGCGGGCGGGACACAUCUUUAUACGGAGCUUUGCCCGGGAUUUUGGGACAAGAUUGAUGCCUGGAUCAACGCUGUUGUUCCAGUCGGUAAUAUGACCCGGGCGAACGCUUUGUAG